GCUUUCUUUUGCAACCACUCCACCCAACUGACAUAAGAAGGUACGGAUGAUGAACAACGCACCGCGGGGCCUCGUAUCGGCCUUGGCGUCGACAUCACGGGUUAAUCAGGUCGCCUCACGUCACCUGCUUCGCCCAUCGGCAGCUCUUCCAGCAUUGUCAGCGCCACCCCGCCUCUGUUCCCCCACCACAUCCCGCUUCCUUAGCACCUCCCCACCUCGUCCCCAACCCUCUUCUGCCUCUGGCUCGACCUCCUCGUCCACCUCACCCGAUGAAUUCGAGUCCUUGCACUCUUCCCGAUAUCGCGGCCAAGGAGCAAAGCCCGACAGACCACCAUGGUAUCGUUCGCCCACUCUCCUUUUGCUAGGCUUCAUGCCCAUCUUCACGUUCGGACUGGGCGUUUGGCAGAUCAAGAGGUUGGGAUGGAAGUUGAAUCUGAUCGAGGAGCUCGAGUGGAAGCUCAAGAAGGAGCCUAUUGGAUUGCCGAAGAAUAUCAACCUAUCCGUCCUGCCCUCCUUCGACUUCCGUCUCGUCUCCCUCUCUGGCCACUUUGAUCACUCACGAGUCAUGUUCCUGGGCCCACGAGUCCGCGAGGGGACGAUUGGGUAUCACGUCGUUGUGCCCUUCAUGAGGGAUGGAGGUGGUGAUGAGGUAAUGGUUGAUCGCGGGUUCGUGAGCGAGAAGAGCUUGAUUGGGGAGGGGAGCCAGAGGAGGUUGAAGAAGGAUGAGAGUGUUGCGCCCACCGGUCAUGUCACCCUCACAGCUCUCCUACCCCGCAUCUCGCCUCCCAACUACUUCACCCCGCCCAAUGAGCCGCAGAACAACCGCUGGUUCCACGCCGACCCAGAAGCCAUGGCUCAGUGGGCAUCGACGUCCCCUCGAGGAGCAGCGCAGCUCAGCAGCGGAGAGCACAACGACGAUGAUGGCGAGGACAGCUAUACCCCAUCUGCCGGGGUAGCCUCCAGCGUCAAGAAGAUGCUCGGCGUGCAGUCGGGUGACUCCUCGUCGACCACGUCAUCAGGGGAGCAUCGUGUCCUCCCAGUAUUCCUCGAGGAGAUCUUCGAGGGGUACGAUGGCGGCAUUCGGGUCGAGAAGGGUAUCCCGGUGGGUCGAGCAGCGACUAUUGAGCUGAGGAAUCAGCAUGCCGUUUAUGCUGCGACGUGGUUUUCGCUGUCGGCGGCUAUGGCAGGAAUGUUCGCGCUUCUUGUUAGGAGGAGGAGAUGAGCGCGACGAUGCAGAC